AUGGAAUCCUUCGAAGAAUUGAUGCACGAACAGUCUACAAAAAUGAGCUCAGUUAUUCGUGCGAUAUCUAAUUUUAAAAAGUUAGGUCAAGCUAAAAUGACCUAUGCAGUGACGAAAAAUCGCAUGGAAACAUUAAAAGAAAAAUUCGAACAGUGCUCAAAAUUAGAUGCCAAAUUACACGCUUCCGCUGACUCCAAGGAGAAGACCACGCACCCCUACUUCUCAGAUCACGAAUUUGACGAGUGCGAAGAAGCCUACGAGACAGCGUUGGAUUAUUUCGCAGAGGUUGUACAUGAACUCUCCAAAUCAUCAGUUCAUCCUGCAGCUAACGUAAGUCAUUUGCACGAAUGUCAGUCUCAUACGACACUCAACCUACCGAAGGUCACAUUGCCGGUCUUCGAUGGAUCGUUCGACAAAUGGGAGAGCUUCCGCGAUCGUUUUCAAUCGAUGAUUAUAGAAGAAAAAAGCCUGUCUAACGUACAAAAAUUGCAUCAUUUAUUCUCGUGUCUAAAAGGCGAAGCGCUCACCGCGAUCGAACAUUUAACGAUUACUUCUGAUAAUUUUGCUGUAGCAUGGACGAUUCUUUCGUCCAAUUUUGAAAACGAGCGUCGGCUAAUCAAUUCAUAUAUACAUCGCUUAUUUACACUGCCCAAUGUUACGGCGAAAUCGGCGACCGAACUUCGAGCUCUACAGAGCAAAUUAACUGCCGCAAUUGCCGCGUUAAAAAAUUUGUCUCGUCCGGUCGAACACUGGAGCGAUAUUUUUGUUUAUAUUAUCACACAAAGACUCGACAAAUCCUCGCGCGAAGCGUGGGAAUUGAAGUUAGGAAAAACGACCGUCUAUCCUACGUUUGACGAAAUUAGCGCGUUCUUGGAUUCUCGUAUUCGCGCUCUCGACGCCCUUGUACCGAUCGCUUCGACACUCGAUAAACAAAGCGAUAAAUCAAACGCGAAAUUAAAACAAAGGGCUGUCACUUCGCAUACAACAAGCGCCACGAAACUUUCGUGUCCCGUGUGCGAAUCGAAUCAUUUGUUAUAUCAAUGUACCGCGUUCCUCGGAAAAACGCCGACUCAGCGAUACGAAAUUAUUCGUAACGGCAAGCGUUGCCUUAAUUGUCUCAGUUCGAAGCAUCAAGCGAAAGAAUGCCCGAGUACCCGCUCGUGUAAAGAAUGUCACAAAAGGCAUCACACGCUUUUACAUUUUUUUGACGCUCCGAAAUCAGCUGUUCAAGCGUCAUCGUCUCCCGCGUCAACAAAUCCCGUCAUCUCGACAAGUGACGUUUCCUCGCAUAUCGUUGCGAAAGCUGUAACAGCGCGUCACAUUCUCCUUGCAACUGCUCGCGUUCGCGUGCAUUCAAUGCACGGUCGAUUCCAAUGGGCCCGAGCGCUCAUCGAUCAAGGAUCUGCGUCAUCCUUUAUAACCGAAAAUUUAGUGCAGUCAUUAAGACUUCCGAAAUUAAAUACCGCUGUUAGGGUAACAGGUAUUGGCGAAACGCAGACAAACGUUCGACAUGCCGUUCAUCUAACGAUAACUCCCAGCAACGCGGACACUCCGGUUUAUCGAACCACCGCGUUAAUUUUAAAAUCGUUAACUCGAUAUUUGCCAAACCGUCUCGACAUUCCAGAGCAAUGGCCGCAUUUGAAUGGCCUUUCGUUAGCUGAUCCCGAUCCCGCAGGAUCAGAUCCAAUAGAAAUAAUUAUCGGAGCGGAUCUUUUCGGGUCACUCAUCCUCGACGGCGUUCGAAAAGGCGCGGUUGACGAACCGAUCGCUCAAAAUACCGCGCUAGGCUGGAUCAUAUCCGGACCUAUAGCGCAACUCAGACCGCUCUCGCAGUCGUCCAUUGGAGUACAUCAUUGCUCUGUUACGGAUGAUCUCAAUCAAACUCUCCGCCGAUUUUGGGAAAUCGAAGAAAUUCCCGCUUCAUCGAAAAUAACUAGUGAAGAAAAGGCAUGCGACGACCAUUUUAAUUCGACACACUCUCGAAAUUCUGAAGGUCGCUAUAUCGUCAGACUUCCAUUUAAACACGGACCUCCACUCAACAUUGGAGAAUCUCGACAUUCCGCGCUUCAGAGUUACCUUCGCACGGAAAGCCGCAUUAAAACGGAUUCAUCGAAAUCGUCGGAAUAUCAUAAUUUUUUAAAAGAAUAUUAUGAUCUGAGACACAUGCAACGCGUCUCAGAAACCGAACAAUUAAUCGACUCGAAUCAAAUCGUAUAUAUUCCGCACCAUGCCGUAUUCCGCGCUAACAGCUUAACAACGCGAAUACGUAUCGUUUUCAACGCUUCAAGUCGAACCUCAAACGGUACGUCAUUGAAUGAUCAUUUAUAUCCGGGCCCUAAACUUCAAAAGGACCUUGCUGCAGUGAUUUUGCGUUGGCGCACAUUUCGAUACGUUUAUUCCGCCGACGUGGCAAAAAUGUAUCGCCAAAUUCAAGUCGAUCCUCGCGAUCGUGAUUUCCAACGCAUCUUCUGGCGGCCAUCUCCAACACAUCAAGUUGAGGAGUAUCGUCUCUGUACCGUAACGUACGGCAUGACUUCAGCUCCGUACUUAGCUUUGAAGGUCAUGAAUCAACUCGCCAUAGAUGAAGGCGCUUCAUUUCCAUUAGCCACAUCCGUUAUCGAUCGUCAAAUGUACGUCGACGACUUUAUCUUCGGCGCCGACGACAAGGUUCUCGCUCGUCAAACUCGCGAGCAGAUUGUUUCUCUUCUCAAAAGAGGUGGAUUCACGCUACGAAAAUGGGCAAGCAACGUGUCCGAACUCCUUGACGAGAUCGAAGAUACCGACCACGGUCUCGCUCAAAGCCGAGAUCUAAACGAAGAUGAGAGCUUGAAAAUUCUCGGUCUUACUUGGCAACCAGAUCGCGACAUCUUCAAAUUUACCAUUACGAUUACAGGGCCUCCUGGCAACACCAAAAGAAGAAUUUUAUCCGACAUCGCCAAAUUCUUUGAUCCACUUGGAUGGGCAACUCCAGUGAUUAUUCGCGCCAAAAUUUUGAUGCAACGACUUUGGAUCGCUAAAUGUGAAUGGGACGAAGUCGCUCCGCCGAAUCUGCUUGAAGCCUGGCAGCAGUAUCAUACUCAUCUUAAACAUCUAGAAGAGGUGAUGAUUCCACGUUGGAUUCAACUCGGCCAUCACGUACUGCAUCUAGAGUUGCAUGGAUUCUCGGAUGCAUCUACCAAAGCAUACGCUGCAGCGGUGUACAUUCGCGUUGUCACGGUGGAUGGAAUGGUCUCGGUCAAUCUUCUUGCCGCAAAAUCAAAAGUCGCUCCUGUCAAAGUAAUGAGUGUUCCGCGACUCGAGUUAUCUGCAGCUCAAUUACUCGCACGGCUCAUUCAUUUCAUUCGCGAAGCUCUCGACUUUCGUGAGGUAAAUGUUUAUUGUUGGACCGAUUCCACAAUUACUCUUGCCUGGAUGAGCCGACCUUCUACUACAUGGAAGACAUUUAUAGCGAAUAGAGUAGCCGAUAUUCACACGCUACUUCCGGACAUUCCAUGGCGUCAUGUCCCAACAAAGGAAAAUCCUGCCGACUGCGCAUCGCGCGGGAUCUCUCCCGACGACCUUGCCACAAACCUUCAAUGGUGGUCAGGUCCCGAUUGGCUUAUUAAAUCUUCCGAUUAUUGGCCAAAAUCUGACUCGGAUUUCGAUCCCCACGCGCUAAGCGAGCAACGCGCGCAACCACAAUCGCUCACUACAUCCGUUGUCGCAUCGUGGGACCUAUCACAACGUUAUUCGUCAUGGCACAAACUCCUUCAAAUAACUGCAUACAUCUAUCGAUUCGUAACGAAUUCCCGCUCUCGACAUAUCAAUCUCAAUCUGAAGAUACAAAACCCUAGAGCUCCGAUCUACCUAAAUCCGAUUGAAAUUAAGUCCGCUGAAAUCUUUUGGAUUCGUUACAUUCAAUCAGAAUUGUUUCAUAGCGAGAUAUCAGCACUCAGUACGGCAACUCCAAUCAAGAAAUCUAGCACACUGCUUUCAUUAAAUCCUUAUCUCGAUAAUGAUCAAAUAAUUCGAGUCGGUGGCAGGCUAAGGAACGCCACCUUACAAAGCGCCGUUCGCAAUCCGAUUGUCCUAAAGGACCAUGCCUUGGUCAGGAUGAUCAUCAUGGACACCCACCGACGAAUGUUGCACGCUGGAUCUCAAUUAACAUUAGCUCGGAUCCGAGAGAAAUUUUGGAUUCUGCGAGCACGAUCUCUGGUUCGCGCUGUACUCUACAAAUGUGUAUCAUGUACACGAGAAAGGGCUCAGAUUCCUAACGAGCUCAUGGGCGAUCUUCCGAAUGUAAGAGUAAAUCGCUCAGCUCGAGCAUUCGAACAUGCCGGUGUCGAUUAUGCCGGUCCAAUUCUUGUACGAACCUCUCGUGGACGAGGUCAUAAAGCGCAUAAAGCCUAUAUUGCCGUGUUCGUUUGUAUGACGACAAAGGCGAUCCAUCUCGAGCUCGUUAGCGACUACUCUUCAGACGCUUUUCUCGCCACAUUAAAUCGUUUCGUUUCUCGUCGCGGAUACCCUGCAUCGAUUUAUUCGGAUAAUGGAACCACAUUCCAAGGUGCCGAUCGCGAACUUAAACUCGCAAUCGCGCAGGCUUUAAAAAAUUCGGAUUUGCAAAAUACGCUUUCGACCGACGGAAUAAACUGGCAUUUCGUGCCUCCUUCCGCUCCCCACUUCGGUGGAUUAUGGGAAGCUGCUGUACGCAGCGUCAAAUACCAUUUAAAGCGCUGUAUCGGCUCACAUACGCUCACAUUUGAAGAAUUAAAUACUGUUCUUUGUCGUAUCGAAGCGUGUCUUAACUCGAGACCUAUUGGGUCUGUGUCCGAAAAUCUCGAUGAUUAUCAUGUAUUAACACCGGGACACUUCCUCAUCGGGGGACCCAUCUUAGCUGCGCCACAGCCAAGCGUUCUCGAUCUUAACGAAACUCGUCUUUCCCGCUGGCAAUUGUUGCAACAUAUUACAGAAAAAUUUUGGAAAUCAUGGUCAAACGACUACUUAUUAACGUUGCAGCAGCGGCCAAAAUGGAAAAUUGCGCAACGACUUGCGACUGUAGGCCGAAUCGUUCUCUUGCGGAACGCACUUGCUCCUCCGUCUCACUGGGAGCUCGGACGUAUCAUCGAAUGUCAUCCCGGCAACGACGGACUCGUUCGCGUCGUUACCGUGCGCACCGCGCGUUCACAGUAUAAGCGUCCAAUUGUAAAAUUAUGUUUUCUUCCGAUCGAUAUCAAUACUUCAAGCGAUCAAAGUUCCGGCAUGGCGGGCGGCACCGAUUCCGAUUAG